AUGGAACCGAGUCCACCGGCGACAGUAGCGAAGAAACUCUGGAAUAUCGUACGGAUAGUGUUCUUUAUGGUUAGGAAAGGCAUCUCAAAGCGCAAACUGAUGAUGGAUCUCCACCUCAUGGUGAAACGUGGCAAGAUCGCAGGGAAGGCCAUCGGGAACCUCUUGUCCCACCAUCACUCUAACUUCACCUGUCGAUCGUUCGAUGCGGAUCUCUCCUUCGUCUCACCUCGCGAGUACGAAUUCAGUUGCAGUAACAGCCCCGCCUACCCUUUCUAUUCUUCUUCUUCAUCUUCUCAAUUCCCCUUCCACGUCAGCAAACGGAAGCACUCCCACUGCCGUUACUUCUCUUCAUUGUACCCCACGGCCACCGCCGACGAUGACUUAACGACCGUCGAUGGGGUCAAAAGAAUGUUGGAGAUGUUGAACGUCCAAGAGACAACGGAGGCGUCUCCUAUACCGUCAUCGUUCCCCGGGUUCGGAAGGAGUCCGAUGGGGAGGCAGUUAAAGAUAACGGACUCUCCGUUUCCAUUAAGGGAUGCUGACGAGGAUACCCACGUGGAUAAGGCGGCGGAGGAGUUCAUUAAGAAGUUCUAUAAGGACCUGAGGCGACAAAAUAGGAUGGCCGCCAUGGAAGCAUGA